AUGGGAAGUACUGACAGAGAGCAGACCCUCUCUCUAAAUGGACGUGGUGACAAGUGGAUAGACUCUUCCAAAAUGUGCAAUUCAAAUCAAGAAUAUUACUUGAAGCUAGAAGAGUUGAAGAAUGCCCACUUGGAGACCAUGGCAAAAUUAGAAAGUAUGUGUCGGAAUAAACUGUACCUAAAAGGAAUACAACCCUUGGAGAAGAAAAAUGCUGCUCCUAACACGUGUUGUAGGCCGACUUGGGAGAAGAGCUCGUAUCAGCCUCUAGAUUUGCACAAAUCCUUUUCAGGCUCUGACUUAAGUGAUCCCUUAAGCUCAAGUAUAUCUGAUGGGUCUGACAGAGAAUUAGCGUUCGAAGAAAAUGUUAGUGAAACUGGAUCAUCUACAUUUGCUAAGCAACGGAUUGAAAAAAUGUGGGAUGGGUUCUCUGUGGACGACUACAUUUCCCACGCCAAACACAGCGUACCAAGCUCACCAGCCUUCAGAAGGAUACAGAAGAAACAGAAAGCGUGGUCACCAAAAGUUACUGUGCCCAAGCCUUUCCAGAUGACUAUUAGAGAAGCUAGAAAAAAAGAACAGAACAUCAAAUCAAAGUCACGGAUCGAAAUGGAGAAUAACUUAUUGAAGAAGCAACUGGAGGAAGAAGCAGAGUGUCAGAAAAAAUUCCGAGCCAAUCCAGUGCCCGCUGCCAUUUUCCUUCCACUGUACCAUGAAAUCGUGCAACGAAACGAAGAACGCAGGAGGUCUGUGAAAGAGAGGAGCAAGCUCAAGCUCUUGGCUUCUCAGAAGCCAUUUAAAUUCCUUGAACGCGAAAAGCAAAGGACUGAAAUGAAGAAAAUGCAAUUAAGGGACCUUUCCGCACCUGAAAAGAAAACAGAACUGUUCAAAGCAAAGCCAGUUCCUAAAUGUGUUUAUAGUCCAGCUGUUAAUGACAAACUAAAGGAGGAAGAGCUCUACAGAGAAAUCAGGAUCAGAAUGAGAGCUGAAGAGUUGCUACGUAAUUCAUCUGUACCUAACAGCAGACUGGCUUUAAAAGACACCAAUAAAAAGAAGAAACACAAGGGCAUCGAACCAAAGCAAACAGAACAUAAACCCAAGAUCAAAUCAAGUGUCCCAGAUUUUGAACUACUACACCAGAAGUUUCAGAAACGGCUUCUGCAACAAAAACAAAUGAAACACCUUACAGUCUGUGAACCUUUCAAUCUUCAUACUCCAUAUAUCCCCUCAAACAAGGGGAAGAUUUUGAAGGACAUUCAAGAGGAUGAAGAAAAGUUGAAAGAAACACGCUGGCCAUAUGCAUCUCCAAGACAUAAACCUCAAACGAGACAUUCAAGUGCAAACCCACAUCUCUCAGGAUUUGGAGAAUCUAAAUCACCAAAAAUCACAGAAUCCACAAGACGACGGCUGCAAGCCGUAAGGAAUUCACUUGAGGAAAAGAGAAAGCUGGAAGAACAACAAAAAAGGAACAGAACAAAGCAGAAACAAAGAACGAAAAAACUCCAGAAAAUUGUAACAGCUCGGGCUGAGGCCAAUGACCCACAUCAGAGCCUAGCUCAGAUGUCUAAAUCCAAAUUAAAAACAUUCAGGAAUUAUGAGAAGCAGAGAAUGCAAGAAUAUUUGCAAGAGUUGCAAGAAAUGGAAGAAAGAGUAAAUCAAAUGCCAUUGCUUUUUGAAAGAGUCACUCAGAAAAAUGCCAGAAUAGCUGCAGAAAAGCAUUAUUCUAGCAGACUGAGAGCACUGGGGAUAUGCCCAGAGUUCGUUUCAAAAAAAGGACAAACAGCGAAAUUGCUACAAUGCUCCAGUGCUGAAGACUUUAGUAACUCCACUGAUGCCAGAGAAAGAGUCAGCAAGGAUAAAGUGAAAGAAAGGGAAUCCUUUGAAGAAGCAGCUGACAGCAGUCCUCGGUCUGAGCAGUCCUGUGAGGAGGAAGAGGAGAAGAGAAAAGGUGUCAGAGCCUGCGCCCAGGAUGGCCAGUCCAGCGAGCUGGAGGAUGAGGAAGAGGCAAGAGCCAGCCCUCAUGCUUAUCAGCCUGGCCGUGCAGGGUCCAGCCCCUCUGACCAGCACUGGGAAGAGGAGGAAGAGGAGAAGGAAGAGGAAGCAAAGGCAGGCCUGCUGCUUGGCCAUUCCCAGGAGGAAGAGGAGGAUGAUGAUCAGUCAAGACCCAGCUCUCGGUCUGACCAGUCCCAUCAGCGUGAAGAGGAAGGUCAGUCUGACCCUGAAGCUGAGGGUGCCUUCAGAUAUGAGGAUGAGGACUAUGAAAAUGAUGAUUCAGAAGAACCACCCAACGAUGAUGAAGCAGACUGAAAAGAAGGCAGACAGGAUGACCCGGGGCUCAGGAAUCUACUUCAUUGCUGGCAGUUCAACAGACACACAGAAAAACCUUGGCACUUUGCCACCUAUACAAAAUUCUGUGAAUUUAAACUUCUUAGCUUAACAGUCUUUCCAGUGCAGAAAUUUUUCCUACUUUCCAGGAAGAAAGAUCAAGUUACUAAUUUCCAACAAGAAAAGAAUUUACUCUAAUAUUAAUCUUCUUUAUUCUAGUCUUCUGAGACAUUAAUGCACCUCUGUUUAUGAAAUGUACUGCAACCACUGUUUAAUAAUAUGUCUUGCAUGCUGUGUUGGUGAGUACUGAGGUCUUAUGUCCAGGCCUUUCUCCAUGCUGGCAAAGCCAGAUGAGAUUUCAGACUAGUAAUUUGCCAUUAGCAGUGCCUCCGCAGUCUCAAACAUUUCAGUAUUUCUGGGGUCUGUUCCUGCAACAUCUUCUAGGGUGGCAAUGAAUAGACCAGGGUGUGUUGUGCAUGACCUCUGAUUGUUUUCAGCAGAGCAGAUGCUAGGAAGACCACCUGAUGUGCAGUUAGACAAUAAGGCCCAGUUAAUCUGUUCAGUUCCUCCCUCCUCUUCCCGUGGGGUUCGUCUUCUGCCUACUUAAGUGCGCUGAAUCAGCUCAGAGAUGGGUCAGAUGCAUGCCAGGGCCAGAAAAGAUUACGGCUUUUGGAGGAAACAAGCUGUUACAUCAAACUCAACUACUUGGUCUAGCUAAAAUAUUAACAGUAUUGCAGUUACUGAAGGCUCUCCCUGUAGAGGAGAAAAUGCCUAGAAUACACCAAGAGAAGCCACUUAAACUUUCAUAGAGAUUUGUAACACAGACAAGUAAGGUAGAAGAGUAAGUCAGUAGAAUAAUACGUUAUGCUGCAGAUCUUGCAUUACUGUAUAACCAAGCUCCAGAUCUCUUCUUUAAACUCCAUUUUGUUUUGAAAAACGCUUCCCAUGGUCAUGUAAAAUUCUUCAUAACAUAAUAACAAAUGCUGACAUUAAUCUUCAAAUUUCCUUACUGAACCAGUAAACAUACACUGUAAAGAGAUAAUCUUAUUACAUCAGAAAAAAAGUAGCCCGGCAACUCUAGUUGCAUGAAAGUAUGGAAGUAAGUGCUGUAGUUUCUUACACAUUUGCUACUCAGGGCUUCAGCUACACAACAAGAAUGCAAACGGAGCAUUUGUUGUUUUUUGUGUUUGGGUUUUUUGUUUUUUUUUUUUUUUUAUAUCAGUAGUAUGUUCUCCUACUAUUACUAGCUUUCUUGCUAACCUGUCAUAUGCAAUGUUUGGGGAGAGAAUAAAAGAAUGCAUCCACGUAGUAACAGACCACAAACAAGGAUUUCAAAUAAGCUUUGUCAGGACAGAGUAAUGCAGCAUUGCACAGGUGCUAAAAAUAUGCUCAGUGAAUAGUAAAUACAUUUGUUAAAACUACAAGAUUUGCAAAAGCAUCUGCAAUGGCUAACAAUAAGAAUUUUUAGUUUAGUUUAGUUUUCUUCUGUGCUGCGUGCAAGGGCACUAACUAAAUCUGUUCUUAUUUCUUCCUUCUGACUUUGAGAAACUAUGUGACAAUGUUUGGAAGUGUAUCAUUAUUACUACUUUUAUUUAUUUUUGAAGUAUGAGCAUAACUAAUAUGAAUUUGAAACUUAUUUUUUUACCUAAAUAAAAUAUCCAUUGUAUACAAGUCAUUCACAAAAAUAUUAAUCAUUACUUCACAAGGAAAAUCACAGUUUGCAAUCUCUGGUUAUACUUGACAACCCCACAAUAAAAACUCAAGGUUGGUUUGCUUGUA